CCGGUAUACAAAGGAAAAAGUCUGUGAGAUGCUGCAACCUUUCUCGAGACGUCGCCACUUUUACUUCGUGUCGCCCGUCCUUAUCAGUGGCUGCUCCUAACAAGCCUAUCGCCAAUCUUGAUCCGGUCUUUUAGGCCCAUCUUACGGUGAAAUCUGCUCCAAUCUUCCCUCACGCCCUUCCUGAAUCAGCCUCUCAACCGAUCCGCUCUACUGCACCUAACAACAACGUUGCCCCUACCGGAGUCUACACUAUCCACAAAAGCACAACGUGGAGGGAAUGUGAAGAGAUGCCCCCAAAGCGCCAAAGAACGGUUCAGGGGUCCUGCUGGCCGUGUAAACAGCGCCGUGUGAAAUGUGAUCUCAUUCAACCGCGGUGCCGCCGCUGUAUUCUCACUGGAGCCAAAUGCAGCUUCGAUAAGAUUCUCGUGCGUUGGAAUUCACGUCCCACCAAAGGUGCCCCAAUCUCCUACCAGACGCCCGCGUCUCCUCCAAGAUUAAGCCUACCCAAACAAAUCUUUGAUAGCACCGGCCUAGCCUCGGGGGAAUUGAAAGCCCUUGACUACUUCCAAGCAGCACUAUGGCCAUUGCUGUCGACAGCGACCCAACCUUGUCCGCCACCGAUCUCACUCGCUCUAGAAUCAGAGCCCGUUCUGUUGGCGAUGUGCGAAUUAGCAGAGGCGCACCGUCUUCUGCGUCAGGAUAAUAGUGCUUUUCAUCAACAAAUUAUCAGCGAUAAGCGAUCGAAUUGCCUGGGGUCGGUUCGAAAGCAAUUACGCGAAUGUCUGUCGAAUAACGUGUCACUUUCGCGUGUUCUGGUCGCCGUUUUGCUUCUCUACUUUCUAGAUGGCUACAUUGAUUGCACAGAGCAGUCGGCAUCUACGACGAGUCACCAGGUCGGAGUACGUGCUAUCGUGGAGCAGUUAGGCGGGUUCAGUGCGCUACUCGAUGAGAGUGAGAAGGAGAUCCCACACAUGUUGCUAUCUGAGUUUGCGUCAACGGAUCUUACCCGAGCUUUACUUGAUGAUCGACCGCCAAGUUUUCCCGCAAGUAUUUGGCUUAACAUUGAGCGCGGUCCUGUUUGGUGGGAGAAACAGACGUACGGGAUCAGCCUGGCAGCCGUUUUCCGCACCAUGGCACAGCUUGCGUUUUAUCGCCAUUCAACACAGAAUGGUGAAGAGGAGCUUGAUAUUGAAAAGGUCCGAGACUUUGAGAGGUGCCUUCAACCAUCCUUCCAAGUCUUGAAUUUAGAUCAUUUUGACUGUCCGGAGGAGGACACCGUCUCCCGGGGUGAACUCGAACGAGUGAACCAGACUAUUACGUUCACCAGGGCAUUCCAGCAUAGCGCAUUGAUUUAUCUGUACCGCGCAGUCUGUGGACUACCGCCAAGGCAUAAGCUGGUGCAGCAGCACGUUAAUUUCUGCAUGGGCUGUAUCAACGCCGUCAGCAGCAGUUCCAAAGCACAUAAUUGUCUUAUAUUUCCUGUCUACGUUGUCGGUGCUCAUUCCUUCACUGCAGAUCAUCAGAAGGAUAUCCUUGGUAAGAUUGACUGCAUCUAUCGUACAAUUCGGUUCAGUUCUCUGUUGAGUAUCCGGGCUGCCUUGGAAGACCUCUGGCAAUCCGAGAAACAGGAGGACACAUGGGCAGACAUGUUUACUCCUUUGGGGAGGGACGUUCUAGUGUUAUAG